AUGGCUCCGACUCUCGGUGCUUUCUUGGCUGCCUACUCGAUUGCCUUUGAUGGUGAUGCUAUUGCAAUGCAGUGGUCCAUCGGUGGGCCACUUCUAACAAAUCCAGCAUCGGCCCUCCUUGGCGUCCCUCAGGGCGACGGAUACUCUCACAACAACUAUGAAGGCGACACUUCCAUCUCCCGCUACGACAGCUACACCAAUGGCGGAGAUGCACACUCGUCAAGCCCAACUAGAUUUGCCUACGCAUAUGCUUCGGGCAUGAAGAACGACCGCUACACAAUGGAUACAAUGUCACGCUUGUAUGCGAAAAACACGCAUCGGUCCAUCUCCCAAAACGCCUACUACUUUGCUCCUCUCUUCUCCACGACACUGGUCAGCCCUGCAGCGUAUAACUUCGUUAUUGCCUUCAUGUCCAACCACUCGGCUUCGAAUCCGGGCGGUUAUCUGGAUGGUGUACAGUUCAAGACCUGGUUUGACAUGACUGGCCAGUAUCCCAACUUCAAAUGGCAGAAGGGCCAGGAGCGUAUUCCUGACAACUGGUACCAUCGCCCUUCGACAGACCAGUACGCCAUCAACAGCGUAUUCGCAGAUCUCAUUCCCGAGUUCGUGGCAUACCCUGACACAUUCCGAUUUGGAGGCAAUACCGCUGGUCCCAACACAUACGCUGGUGUCGAUAUCAGCAAUGUCACAGGCGGAGUCUACAACUCCGCCAACCUCUUCGACGGCGACAACUUUGCCUGCUUCUUCUUCCAAACAGAGCAGCAGGCAAUCCCACAGAUGCUCAAGGGCGGUCUCAACGAUGUGGCUACAGCCACUGAUCUCGUCUUGAAGUAUCUUGGUCCGUUCGGUUCUAAGCUCCAAUGCCCUCAAAUUGGCAAAUAUGACAACGAUGCGCUCACCAAGUACACUGGCUAUGGCUAUCACCCUAUGGCCCCCAAGUCUGGCCCUAAGAAUUGCUAG